AUGAGAAUCUGUGUUUUGCACUCCUCGGAGGAAGGUGGAAAUAGUGUGGAGGACGCGGAAGGUCUGUGGCCUGAUGUGGGCGUCUACGCGCCCCAACACACCGUGGAAAACAAGUAUAUCAAAAAGAAAACGGCCAAGGAGGAGAUCGAUGAAGCUGUGGCCGAAGGGUACGAUUUCUACUUUCAGUUCCUGUGGGGAACACACGAUGAUACAGUCAGUGGUGUAGAUGCCAUUAAGUAUUUCGAAUCGUUGAACCUGCCCUCAGCCGGCAUCCGAGGUUGGGAACGAGAGCGAUCCAAGCUCGCUUUCUACACCGAGGCCAGAAAGCAAGGGUUUCCGCCCGUGCCAGGCGUGGAUAAGUUUCCCUUGUUCGUCAAACCUGCCUUCAGCUAUGCCAGCCUUCUCAUCGACCAACACUCUCUAUGCCGAAAUGAGACGGAGCUGGCAUUGGCCAUCAGUCGUUUGAACACGGGGAUGCGAGAGGCACGGGUUCGGAGGGCUGUCGGGUCAGGGCAUGCAGACCCGGAAGAAUUUGUCCGGGCUUGUGAAGUGGCUGGUCGGGACAGCGACGACAUCGUUGUCCAGGAGUACAUCGACGGGCAAGAAUAUUCGGUCGUUGUCCUCGCCAUGGGCCAGAUCCCCAUCCCUAUGACUCCCCAGCGGGCCAGACUACCGAGCGGGAAAGAAUUCCUGACAUUCGACGCCAAGUUUGAUGGGGAAUCGGGCUACGAAUUGCUGGAUGAAGCAGAUGAUCCCGCGUUGUACCGUCAUCUCCAGGAGACGGCCGUGCAAGGGUUCAAAGCUGGCAAAAUGGCGACAAACAACAUGGGAUGUGAUGUCGAUCUUCGCAUGGGAUCAGAUGGAAAGGCUGUGGUCAUUGAGGUUGACCCUAUGCCCGUAUGGUUCCUGCCCCCAGGAAACAAAUUUGAAGAUACAGAUGUGAAGCAAGGUCUCGCAGACCAUCAGAGGGCGGCUAUCAAUAUCUUCAUUACCAACCACUUCCUCCAGCAUCCUGAUCAGAAAAGGAUCAAAGAGCUCAGCGAAUUGGAGACGUUCUAUGAUAAUUGCAGCUCGCAUUAUGAUCAGACGAAGUCAUCCGCUCGGGCCACCCAAGCUGCAACUACAAUGGCGGAAAAAUUCUCUUACAGUGGCACUAUCUUGGAUCUUGGGUGUAAGACUGGCUUCCUUGGUCAGAAGUUGCGCGGGCAGCAAAACCAUACGCCAUCGGCAAAGAGCAGUAUCCAGCGACUGGUGGGAGUUGAUAUGUCGAACAAGAUGUUGGAUAUCUGCCGACAGUCUGAAUGCUACGAUGAGCUCUUCCAUAGCCAGAUUUUGCAGUUCUUGGCCAACUACAACGAUCCUGUUAAUCACGUUGUCAGCCUGUCUGCUCUUCAACAUCUGGCCGUGCCAGAGCUGAGUUUUGUCCUGGCACGGUGCUUCCAAAUUGCGCGAGACUCUAUCACUAUCGCGGUCGAUAAAAAGGAGGAUAGAGCAGGUGAUUCAAUUAAUUUUUUCUUGGAUCAUACUGAAAGCGUGAAAUCACUGGGACUGCCGUUUGGCUGGCAUCUAGCCUCGCAAAUCGAAGAUGAAUGCAGCACUCUGUUACGCUUUGAAAGAUGCUAG